AUGAAAGCCGAGGCAGAGAACGUAGUCGCACCGAAGAUCGGUCACACUUUGGAGGAGACUACAGAAGAAAUGCAAGCGCCGAACAUCGGCCACACUAUCAAGCAUCCUGGAGGAACACCCGAGGUGUCUCACUUCAAAACCGUCUUGGAUCAAGUAUACCUUCGCCUCCGGGCCCUGCAGAAGCGCUUGGUGGAGGAUCUGCACAUGGAGGACACGGAUGCGGGAAAUUCCCGUUCACCGCCGAUGGUGGCACCGUUGCAGAUGCAGAAUCAGGACGAUGAGCCGUUUGAAGACGCUCGCUCAGUGCAUUCCAGCGCAGAGGAAAUUCAGACGGAGAUUGUGCCGGAUCAUCAUCUUCGCGCCAGCGGCGAGAGGAUGCCUGCCAGCCAGGCUGUUCCAGUCGGAGAGCGUAGGCCUUCAAGGGAUCGGAUUCCCACACCUUUCGUGAAGGAGGACGUGGCUGAUGACCGCGAGGUUCAAUUUAGCGACAUGGUGACCUCUGUGCUACCUGGGCUUGUGCCACGAACCACUGGUCUGCACCCGUUUGGUGCGGAGGUUGGUUCUCGAUCUGUGCACGACAGACUCCCAACUCCCUAUGCGUCGGCUCGAGAAUUUCAAGAGGACGCCAGCCAGCGGCCGGAUCUUCCACACCUGCUUUGCAGGUCCGGCCGCACGGCAGAGCUCGCUAGCGAGGAGGCCAAGCCUGACUCGCCGGAGAGGUGCAUGGAACAGGAGAGCCACAGCGGCAGCGAGGCCGACGGCAGCCGGCGAUCU